UCUGCGAGCUGCACCGUUAGCGUCCCGCGAUUGUGUUUAUAUUUUGGUAGUGUGCACCCUUCUAGGUUUUUUCCGAGUUUCUUUGGAUCCCCAACGCUUGCCCCAAGGUUCCUCUCUCGCAACCGACGCGAAAAAUGCACACAAUUUGUUAUAAGGUUACAUAAGUGCGUGUAACCGAAGCAGUUUGCCUCUAAGAGAUUGCUGUACACCGAUCUACGUAUUGCGGCUACUCGGCGAGAGCUGCGUAUAGUACACAAUAGUUUCGAUUCCGUCACAUUUGGCACGGUAAUUACCUGCACUCACCGACCUAGGCGAAUCAAUAGAAUACCAUUAUCCGCCCACCACCGCCACCACCACCCAAUCCCGCCCAUUGCUCUGUUGGUGCACGUGACGACGCCGAUGGGAAGUCCGAGCCCAACAACGAAAGUCCGGGGUCAAUCCAAUAGUUACAGAUACUAUCGGUCUGCGGACUCAGUUUCGAUUUGUGUCACAGCCGCGUCACAGGUUUAUUAAGUCGCCUUGUCUAAAUUUGUAUUUAUUCUUUUAUUUUGCCCUCUUUUUAAGGUAAGCACACAUAAAUUGUGGAACCCAGCACAAUUGACAGAGCACCCGGACACAAACCUUUGGUUUAAGCACACCAAGCUAGUAAUAGUCUUUAGUUUAGAGCCGCCAUGCUGUGCGCCCUUGUCCGUGGUCCAACCACCGGCCACAAGUUGGUCCUGUGUCGCUCCGUGGCCGAGCUCCUUGGCCCGGUACACGACGUCCGCUGCCUGUCCGCCGGAAGAGGCGUCUAUCAGCGGCAGCCCCGGUCGCAAUCGCAGUCGCAGUCACAGCUCCAGAACCCAGCCCACCGUCCAGACCUGCUCUCGCUUUCCCGGCCAGCAGUAAGUUCGAAAUUGUCCGUGCGGAGCCUUCACUCAGAGAACGACGCCAUGUUCUACUCGAUGUAUGCCUACCUGUCCAACCUGCCGCGCCUCCAUGUUUUGGGCAUGGCGGUGGUGGCCUACGUCGUCUAUUACCUUAUCCAGGUGGUCAAGCGACCGAUAAUCGCCUGUUCGGACGGGCCGUUCAAGCAGUAUCUGAUCCGCAAGGUGCCGACGCUGGAGAACAAGUACUGGCCCACCUUUUGGUGUGUGGAGAGUCGUGCCCAGACCGUCCUUGCGAGCCUGCUGCGCUCCAAGAGUCUGCCGCGCGUCAACUACCGCCGCGAAAUUCUCUCGCUGAAAGAUGGCGGGGAGGUGGCCCUUGACUGGAUGGAGGAGGGCUGCGACUCGAGUGCUCCAUGCAUCCUCAUCCUACCGGGUCUGACCGGUGAGUCGCAGGCGGAGUACAUCAAGUGCCUCGUCUUCGCCGCCCAGCAGGCUGGCAUGCGAGUGGUGGUGUUUAAUAACCGCGGACUCGGCGGCAUAGAGCUGAAGACACCGCGUCUCUACUGCGCCGCCAACUGCGAGGAUCUGUGCGAGGUCGUCCAGCAUGUGCGACGCACUUUGCCCGAAAAAUGCAAGCUGGGAGCCACUGGGAUCUCAAUGGGCGGCUUGAUUCUGGGCAAUUAUCUAGCCCGCAAGAGCGACGAGGCCAGGAGCUUCCUUUCGGCUGCAAAGAUAAUAUCUGUGCCGUGGGACGUCCACAAGGGCAGCGCCAGCAUCGAGAAGCCAGUGAUCAACAGCCUGCUGGGUCGCCACUUGGCUGGAAGUCUGUGCCGCACCUUGCGCAAUCACCUGGACAUCUAUAGGGAUAUUUACCAGGACUCCGACAUUGAUAUUCAGCGCAUUCUGCGCUGCAAGACCAUCAAAGAGUUCGACGAGCUUUUCACGGCCAAGCAGUUCGGAUAUGCCCAUGUGAAUGACUACUACUCGGAUGCGACGCUGCACAACAAACUCGAUCACAUUUCGGUGCCGCUGCUCUGCCUGAGCGCCGCCGAUGAUCCGUUCCAGCCACUGGAUGCCAUUCCCAUCAAGGCGGCCAACCAGUGCACCCAUGUGGCCAUUGUGAUUACGGCUCGUGGCGGGCACAUCGGCUUCCUCGAGGGCUGGUGGCCGUCCACCAAAGACCAGUACAUGGGCCGCCUCUUCACGGAGUACUUCACCAAGGCGCUGUUCGACGAGGAUGGCGAGUUCCAGCACACGGCCAACAAAAUGCACGAGCGAUUCUUGGCCAAGCAGACGGUGGCGCUGGCCUCCUCGUCGCCGGUGCUGUUCGCCAAGAAGAUCGACGCCGAUCAGUUGGACCACAAGGUCAAGCUGAUGUGAAGCUUGCGAUGGAUGGUCGGUCUGCUAGUCUAGUUCAGUUUUUGUCCAGUUGAGCACGUAGAUAUUCGAGAAUGUUUGUAUUCCGAUAGAUUGCCGUGAGCGAAGACAUUCGUACACAUGUGAUAUGAAACGUUGAUCAAAAUCCAAAGUGUUGUUAUACUCAUAUACAGCGAACAGGGAACCAAAUUAUCAGUCAGCCAAUAUGCAUAGUUGCUUAAAUUAAUCCUAGACCGUGACUUUAGUGACAUAUCAGGUUGAAAUUGCAAAUAAGCUGUACGAUUCGUAGUAAAUUCAAAUACAAAUUACAAAUUAUGACACAA